UUCCUUAUACUUUCCCCUCUCCUUCCUUAUACUUUCUCCUGCCCUCCCUUAUACUUUGCCCUGCCUUUCCUUUACUCUCACUGCCGUCCCUUAUAAUUUCCCCUGCCCUUCUUUAUACUUUUUUCUGCCCUUCCUUAUACUUUCUCCUGCCCUUCCUCACAUUCCCCUGCCUUUCCUCAUGAUCUGUAAAGCUCUGUGGAAUAUCUUGUGCUAUAUAACGGUCUGCUGUCCCCAAUAAGCUGCUGUUGACGGAUCUGCCCUUGCUGUAAAGUUCUCCUCACCUUCUUCUAUUGCUCUGUUCUCUCCUCACCUCUCACAUUUUCGCUCUCUCCUUCCUCAUUCCUUUGCCCUCGCGCUCUCCCCUCUCCUCUCUUUCCUCCUCCUCUCCUCCGCCUUUCUCUUCUCGUCACAAUUCUGGGGGUGGAUGAAGGAAAUGGGGCAGACCGAAAGCUGAUGGAUUCAGGAUACCGAGACUGAGUCAUUCAUUCCUGUACAGGAGACAAUCAGAGGGAGGACAGGGAGAGAGUCAGCAGGAGGUCUGAGACGGGAGGCAAAGGAGAGACUAAGGAGGCAAAGGAGAGACUAUCGAGAAGAAGGAUAGACAGAGGGAUAGGGAGACAGAGAGAAGGGAUAAAGAGACAGAGGAGUAAAGAGACAGAGGGGUAAAGUACGAGAGGGAGGUCUCGCAGUGACUCACUCAUUCCUCCAGACAGCUAGAGACAGGCAGACAGUUUCAAGUUUUGUGCCAGGACUUAGGAAAGUGACUCAUUCAUUCCUUAGAAGAAAGUGAGGGAAUGAGGAGAGGGAGAGACCGCUGGCACCGGUAAGUGGUCACCCAUCUCAACACGUGGCAGGAGAGCAGCAGAGCGAGGGCCACCGGCGGCACAAGGGGGCAACAAACUGAGGAGCCACAGAGAUGAUGAGAGUGUGCAACGUGCUGCAGCUCCUGCUGCUUCUUCUUCUGGUGGAGAUGAGCAUGGAAGAGUCCACAGGGUCCGGCUGUUCAGACGGGUGGCAGUGGAGCAACGACCUCGGCAAAUGUAAAGACUGCAAAAUCUGCGACACGUCCAGCAAAGACGACUUCUGCCAGAAAUGUGACAGCUCUGACAAACAUGAAGACUUCCCCUGGGUGAUGGUCGUCAGCGUCACCGCGGCCUCUGUCUUCAUCAUCACCUUCAUCCUCGGCCUCACUAUUUACCUGACACAAUGUAGGCCGAAGAAGAAGUUCACCACCCCCAUAGAAGAGACCGGGGCCCACUCUGCCGAGGAACUUCUCAUCCACUGAAGGUCGCCACAUAUGGAUCCAGAGAGGAAGCUGCUACUGAGCGCCGUGUAUAUAUACAUAUAUGUAUAGGAGGUGUAUAUACUGUAUCUAUAUGUAUGUAUAUAUAUAUUGUCUCCUGCGCUGGACGCAGAACGCGACAUUAUUUUUAACCCUCUCUCACUGGGAGGGAUUUGGAUUCACUGCCGAGCAGUGUCUUACUCCCCCCUCCUCCCAGCAGGCAAGGGGUUAACCCUGCUUCCUGCGCCCCACUUUCCUUCCGUUCACACGUUCUGCAGAAACGCCACCAGAUCACGACCCGCCGCCACACAUUCCGCCCGGAGCAGAGACUCUGAGCUCCGCCGAUCAGGAGAAGCCGCGUCCAGAAGACUCAGGAGCCUUGUCAGGAACGCAGGGGAAGAAAAUAAAACGUGAUUUCCUUUUGCA